UUCUCGCCAGUCGUGGUCGUGAUUUGGCCGGUGUUCGUUCAAUCGCGCGUUCUCUCGUUAUCUGCUUCGGUCGUUCAACAAGAGACCAAGCCAAAAUGCGUAUUGAAAAUUGUUACUUUUGUUCAUCCCGAAUUUAUCCAGGUCACGGAAUUCAAUUCGUUAGGAACGAUUGCAAGAUAUUCAAAUUCUGCAGAUCAAAAUGUCACGCAGCUUUCAAGAAAAAGAAGAACCCAAGAAAGGUUAAAUGGACUAAAGCCUAUCGCAAGACAGCUGGUAAAGAAUUGGCUGUAGACCCAGCGUUCGAGUUUGAAAAGAGGCGAAACAUACCACUCAAAUACAACAGAGAAUUAUGGACAAAGUCUGUUGAAGCUAUGAAAAAAAUAGAGGCAAUUCGACAAAAGAGACAGAAUACAUACAUCAUGCAGCGAUUGCGAAAGGGACGUGAACUUGAACAAGACAGAGAUGUGAAGGAGGUACAACGUGACUUGGCAUUGAUUCGUUCACCAGCAGCAGGACUCAAACAACGUAAGCAGCUUGAAGAAUCUGCCGAAGAAAGUAGUAGAAUGGAGGCCUCGGACACAGAGGAAAUGGAAGCAGAGGAAAUUGUUCUAUGAAGUGCUUUAUUUAUUGCGUGAGAUAACGAGAUUUCAAUCAAGUUCUACACUUUCCACUUAAUGAUUCAGUAGCCAUUGAAUCAUUUUUGUGGUAUUUCAUAAAUUUAGUUUUCAAGCAUAAAAAACUCAUCAUUGGCAGUCAAGCCGAGUUACUCGAAUAAUACUGCAACAGGCAAUUGAGGCAACUUUCUCUUACUUGAUCAAAGUGACAUACGUGGUGUAAAUAAAUAUAUUGAAAAAUUGCA